ACGUCACGCGCCUGCGGGGAAUGAGGUAGAGAGCGAAGCUUAUAAAUAAAUAGCCAACAGCUGUCCGAAGGCGCGUGCUUUGCUUUCUUAAUCUGGUGGAGAAUAGUCGCUACGUUGGACUAGCCCAUUCUUUUGUAUCAACGUCUGUAUAUUAGUGUAUGUGUUGUCAUUUUCCCCCACAGAAGAUAAAACCGGUCGAGGGAGGUGGACGGGUUCGGGCUUCGUAGCAGCCAAGCUACUCAUUCUUAUAUAUGUACACAAAUACACAGGCUACUGCAGGGGGAAUGACCGCGCGUGACCUCAAAGGACACGUUACGUUUUAGCUAGUGCGCCCAUUUAAACUAAAACGGCUUUACAACAAAAAAGAGGGGGGAAAUGUUUUUAUUUUAGCGUAACUACGGCAUUCGCUACCCGCGCGGCAUUCUCAGCUGCUAUCAAACGGGGCUAGUGUUAGCAAGCUAAGCUACACUAGCUUAAGGCUAAACCCGUCCGUUUACUGCAGAUGCUAAGAUAAACUAACGCUUGCCAUGGAUAAAGCUAAAUCGUUGGUGGACAAGAAGGGAUCGGCGGGACCUUUCCAUGUCAACAAUGGACAAAGCCCGAGGGGGUUGAAUGGGCUCGUGGUGGUAACCGCUAACGGCGGCUGCUCCGGUAAUAAUGCAUUCGGUUUGACAACGGGACCAAGCGGCAGCGGCAGCAAUGCGCUUGAAAUGCAUCAUCUGCAGCGGGGGGAGGAGAAAGAGUGCAACGGGUCCCCAGCAAAGAGAUCCCGGCUGCGUAGGAGGACGGAGUCGGUGAAAAGGAACAGACCUCCCUUCCCCUGGUUUGGUAUGGACAUCGGAGGGACCUUGGUUAAGCUGGUGUAUUUUGAGCCAGUCGACAUCACUGCAGAAGAAGAACAAGAAGAAGUUGAAAACCUCAAAUCUAUCCGCCGCUACCUCACCUCAAAUGUGGCCUAUGGUAAAACAGGUGUCCGUGACGUCCACCUGGAGCUGAGGAACCUGACCAUGUGUGGCCGGACAGGAAACCUGCACUUUAUCCGCUUCCCUACCCAGGCCAUGCCCCGGUUUAUUCAGAUGGGAAGAGACAAAAACUUCUCCAGCCUCCACACAACGCUGUGUGCCACGGGAGGCGGGGCGUACAAGUUUGAGAACGACUUCAGAACGAUUUCAGACCUGGAGCUGCUGAAGCUGGAUGAGCUGGACUGUCUCAUCCGUGGUCUACUGUUUAUCGACCGAGUGGGUUUCAAUGGACACCCGGAGUGCUACUACUUCCAGAACCCGUCAGACCCUCACAACUGUGUGAAAAAGCCCUGCAACCUCGACAACCCCUUUCCAAUGCUGCUGGUCAACAUCGGCUCCGGGGUCUCUAUACUGGCCGUCUACUCGGAGAACGACUACAAACGGGUAACAGGGACAAGUCUGGGAGGUGGAACAUUCCUCGGCCUUUGCUGUCUUCUGACGGGCUGCGAGACGUUCGAGGAGGCGUUAGAAAUGGCCAGCAAGGGUGACUCCACAAACGUGGACAAACUGGUGAAAGACAUCUAUGGUGGAGACUACGAACGCUUCGGCCUCCAGGGCUCUGCCGUCGCCUCCAGUUUUGGUCACAUGAUGUGCAAAGAGAAGCGAGACAGCAUCAGUAAGGAAGACCUGGCCAGAGCCACACUGAUCACCAUCACCAAUAACAUAGGAUCCAUAGCGCGCAUGUGUGCUCUCAAUGAGAAAAUUGAGCGAGUGGUGUUUGUUGGGAACUUCCUUCGGAUCAACACAUUAUCCACAAAGCUGCUAGCCUAUGCUAUGGACUUCUGGUCCAAAGGUCAGCUGAGAGCCCUCUUCCUGGAGCACGAGGGUUAUUUUGGAGCAGUUGGAGCACUGAUGGAGCUGCUGAAGACAUCGGAGGACCUGUGAAGGAAGUUCUGCCGCCAAAGCUGCCGCUUCUGGAGAAAAAUCUAUGUCAGCCUCUCUCGUGAACACCACAAUGUCCUCGACUCUAAAUGCUGUGACGUCAUUAGCACAUGACACUACUGAAAGGUCCUAAUCGGAGACCUCUAAAGGAACACUAAGAGAGACUCAGAUUCUGAGAAAAGCCAUUUUAAUAAUUUAACUCUUGUAAAUAAAAAUGGCCUCUAACAAUCGUUCCCAGAUUUCCCUCUAUCAUAGAGUUUUAAUAUUGUGAUCUUUAAUUUAUGGUUUACUGUUUGUUCCUGCCAUCAGGAACUGCAGAAACAAAGUAUUUUAGUAAUCUAGGGUUUUACUGGGAGGGUUGGGGUGGGGGCGUUGCGUUUGUGUGUACAGCUACUGUAGCAUUACAUCCUGCAUUAAAAAAAGGUGACUAUUUUUGCAGCUUGUGUUCAGAAGAGGAUGUCUGCACAUAAAAGACGUCAUUCUUCACCCGGAAAACCUUUCAGUUUUUUUUUUACCACAUGCAACUCUGGGAAGUAAGUUUGCUAACCUGAUGUUGCUCAAAGAGUCAUGCACCAUUCUACUGUCUUUGAAGGAGUGCACUGAAGCCAAACCCUGUAGAGAUUCAUCUGCAACCUCCUUGUCAAAUGGGAAGCAGAUAAGCUGUUCUUACAUCUGUGUUGCUCCUCUGCACACUGCCUUUACGUUUUGUUUUGUUUUUGUCCUCUCUGUGUCUCCUUACUUGUAAACUAACACCAACUCUGCCGUAUUGCCAAGCAUGCAUCCCCAGCCUCAUGUGUUCAGUCCUUUAUGACGGGACCAAAGCCUUGUUUUCCAGUAGAUCUGAGUGCGGUACUCUGAUGUUUUUUUUGUGCAGAGGGAUGUCCUCAUUACAAAUUCAUCACUUAAGCUUUUGUUGAACAUUAAAAAAAAAUAGAAACGAUGCAGAUCCUGAUGCUUUCUAAUUAAAGCCCCCCAUUAUGCAAGAUAUACUUGCACUUCACUGGCUAAGGAAGAAACAAGUAAUGCAAGGAAAUUUCUAAUUAAUCAGAUGAAUUUUAUCCUUUCAGACUCGGUUAUUUUCAGGUACAGGUAUUUUAUCAGGAAUUGGCCAUUCCACUCUUGAUUAUUCCAAUUGUAAUGUUGAAAACAUGUAUUGAUGUUAUUUAAUGAAGCACAUUUGUAAGUAAAACCCUGUUAAAUUUAGCUGUAUUAUGUGCCAUUUGCUCAUAUUAUCAAAUUUCGCCCUUGUGCUCUUUACAUAGCGCUGCAAAUGUUAGGAUCUGAUAUUAGCUGGGUUAUUAGUUGAGCUGUCUGCUUUUGCAACCGGAAAUAUUUUCCAAAUAGAGGUGAAAGCUUCAAAGCCUCUGUCAGCUGGCCAGCAGUGCACAGCAACUACUUUACUCUUAUGUGUUGCUCUGAGCUUCAUACAGGCAGCUGUCUCUGACAUCUUAUAAAAUUAUUUUAGACUUUAAAAAUCUAUAGGGUUUUUACUAAUAACUGCUCCAUGUUGGCACAUAACUGUCAUCCUGUCAUUCCAGUUAUGCUGUAAAGAUCUUCAUUUACAAAACCAUCAGUAAUCCCAUCGCUCCUAAAAUAGCCCAUUACCGUAUAUUUAAUGAAUUUGUCCUGUGAUGUCAUAGACGGGCUGCUAGCACACAUCACUGUUUAAUCUUGGACCUUUACAACCUUUCAUCUCUUUGUGCUGAUUAAGACGCUGCACUGUAAAACUGGUUUCAUGACUUUGAAUUUAUGAAAAAAAAAAAAAAGUUUACAUACUUUCCACCCAGAAUUAGAUUUUUUUGUAUCAUUGCCUUUUUUCCUCACUGUUUUCAUACCCCAUGCUUCACUAAUAAUCCCCUGAUUGUGUUCUCUCUUGUUAGCCUAGCAGGUAGUCUGUGUAUCGACACAAAAGAGUGAUUGCUGUUAUCUAACACAGACUUGGACUACACUUUGACCCCCACCCAACUAAAUAACAUGUUUGCUGCUAUGUUGUUCCCUUGUUUUCCCCACAUACUCUGCUUAUAUCCGCAGUAACUCAAUCCACAACUUACAAUAUGAGAAAGGGAAAUAGACUUCACUGACAGCCUGUUGCAUUAGAAACUCUUAAGCGCCUUCACAUGUGCAAGUGUUAAUGGAGAGACUGCUGUGAAAACCCAUCAAUAUUUGCGCAGGACUUUGAUGAGGUGUGUUUGCCAUCACCUGACGCUGAACCAUCAAUGUGCUCUAUCCUGCUGUGAUGACGCAGCAAACUUUUUAUUUUAUUUUUCCUUUGUUCGCCUUGUUCCAACUCAUGUUUGGAUGAUGACAGACUCCUCAGUCCAUCGGGUACCAUUUUGUUUUUAGCUGAAGCU